UGAUACCUAAUCAUGAUGACAUGAUGCAUAUGGCAUUUCAGUCAAAGAUUUACAAAUUACCUGAACAUUUUAUAUAUUACCUUUUAAUAAUAAAUAUUUCUAACCAUUUGCUAUUUUAGUGACAUAUAAAAAUAUAUAAAAUGAGGACAAAGAAUCCUAUGGCUAAAAAGCCACAGCAAAUCCUAUUUUCGAAAAAUAGGUAUGGUCCACAUGUUAAAGUUGAAAACUGGGAUUUUCAAAUACACGCAGAAAAAAAAGAUAACCACGUAUACCGUGAUCAACUGAGUAAUCACCUGAGCACCUAUUUGCGUUGGGGUGAUCAGGAUCAAAAGAUUGGCAAAACAGAAACUCGUCAUAUGCUUGAACAAGUAUUUACCAAAACAGAUCCGGUGUAUGCUUUUAAACCUCUGGUGAAUUUCACAUCUUACCCGUGUACCGACACCCCUGGAAGAAAUCAGUUAAUGAAAAAUGCAAACCUGGCACAACUUCCUCCUGAUUUUGGUGUUAUGGAUUAUGUUUCCACGCAUCAAGACGAUUAUAGAAAUCCGUACGCAACUGUCCCUAAGCCGUUGAUGAUGACGUCUCCUCCUUGGCUGAUGAAUAGAGUGAUCCGGUCGGAUCUUACGCAUAACCACGGAACUGCACCUCCGAGAGGGGACUAUCAGUGUUUGGACACGCACACGCCCAUCGGCCACAUACGUGAAAUGAGACUGUUCCGAUACCAAUCCUUCAACCCCGCUACAUGCCUUCAAGAUUUCCCAGAUGUUGCUUUACAACUCACAAAAAAAUAAAAGUGUCCAAGAUUAUUGUUAAUUUUUAUUCAUUACUUAGUUCUAUUAUCAUCAAAACCAUAAAAAAACAAAGUUACUACAUUAACAAAAAAGUAAACAAAAUAAUUAAACAUAAACACCAAACACAAACAUUCAAGUAAAAUUGAAUUUUAAAAAAAUCACUGAAGUUAUUACAAAACUAGGUCUAAAUAUGCAAAAUACAAGACGAAAAAAACCAGCCAAGUGCAAGUCCGACUCGCCCACUUUCCGUAGGGGUUUCGUAUCUCCAGAGAAAAGAAGAACCUUUAGGAUCACUUUGUUGUCUUUCUGUCAAGAUUCGUCAAGGGAAUUAGAACAUAUAGGGUAGGUACUU